AUAUCAAACGACUGAAUGAGCAAACUUAUGAAGAUAAUUUUUAAACGUCAAGUGUUUAGGUUCUCAUACGAAAUUUAUUUUAAACAACCAUUUGUUCAGGAAAUAAUACAUCAUUUCACUUUUUCGGAAUAACGUUUUCUGUCGAAAAAUGCAGACUCUUGGAUUUACCGUUGCUUUUUUACUGGUUUGGGGAACCGUGCAUGCCGAAUUUUUUAAAUUCGAAGAUUGUACGAAACUGCAGACAGCUUACGUAGAUGCUUCGGAAUUCGUAGUGCGCCCAGAUCCAAUUGAUCUCGAGUCUAAUCUGAAUGUUACAGCAUGGUUAAAAGUCUUAAAGGAAGUUCCUGAAGGUGCAGUUCUCAAGGCUUCUUAUUACAGGUUAAAAAAGAUUUUCGGUAUGGAGGUUGAUGUUUAUAUUCCUUGUCUGCUGAACAAAUUCGGAUCUUGUACAAAGUACUGGUGUGAUUACCUUCGAGAUUUUGAAGAACAAGUGACACCAUUUUUCCCCGAAGGAGUGCCAAACCACUGUCCAGUAAAACCUGGUGAAUAUGGCGGCACCAAUAUUCCAGUUAAAAUACCUGAAAUGGGUACGAUUGCAAAGAUAAUAGUUGCGGGGAGGUAUCGAACAGAACUUGAAUUGGUAAUAAAUCAAAAAGUUGUUGCAUGCUACAAGAUUUGGGCGGAAAUGACAUGGAAAUAAG